UAUCAUCACAAUGGAGCGUAAACAUAUCUAUGUACUCACCCUAUUUUUGGGUCUUUUGAUUUUUAAAUUGAACAUUUUCAUCGUUACCGGCGAUCAGGAUGAGGACAUUCCACAUAACGAAGUCCGAAAUUGGGCCUUAAAGUUUGGCGUGGAUUUAUGGGAAUUUGGAAGACAAUUUACAAAAAUGAAUGAAAUAAAAAGUCGCUUCAAAGAUAACGACAUCGAAGUCAAGCGAAAGGAUGGUAUCAUACUUUUACGUGAAUUGGCAGCAGAGGUGAAAAAUUUCAUGGACUUUAAGCGCAAUGCAGUGAUGCGUAUUAUGGAUUCCGCAGAGCAGGCAGCACUUUCCGAACUCGAUGCUCAGGGUUCACAUUCUGGUUCAUCGAAUAAUCAACACUACGAUGCCCGACGCAUUAACGAAUACAAUGCCGAUGGUAAAUUAGCCGAUGGUGCUCGUCAUAUGGAUAUUCGUUUUAUGCGGCGUUUUGAACGACUACCCGUCAAUCUCAGUCUAAGUUCGAUUCUGGUGCCGAAUGGCGUCUCUCUCGAUGAUGGAGAUGUUAAGGCAGCGCUUCAGUGGAGUGCUCAUUUGGAUCCACUAUUCCAGAACAACUUGGAGCGAGAUCCGGCAUUGUCGUGGCAAUAUUUUGGCUCAACAACUGGAUUUUUGCGUCGAUUCCCUGGCACGGCAUGGCCACCCGAGGGUUCGAAGGGCAGUAAACAGAUACAUGAUUUUCGUACACAUAAUUGGUUUGUGCAGGCGGCCUCAUCGCCCAAGGAUAUAAUGAUUCUGCUGGAUUCUUCAUCUAAAAUGUCGGAGAAAUCAUUCGAUUUGGCCAUGGAAACAUCAUUUAAUAUUCUCGACACCUUGGGUGAAAAUGACUAUGUGAGUUUGGUUACCCUAACCGAUACACCGAAAUCGCCAGUGCCCUGUUUCAAAGACCGUAUGGUUAGGGCCACGCCUGAUAAUAUUUUGGAAAUCAAAUCGGCCGUAAAAGCAGUCAAACUCUCAAGUACAGUUAAUUUUACAGCUGGUCUGGAAUAUGCCUUCAGUCUGUUGCAUAAGUACAAUCAAUCUGGAGAAGGUAGUCAGUGCAAUCAAGCCAUUAUGUUAAUCACGGAAAGUUCCUCGGAAUCUCACAAGGAGAUUAUCAAACAAUACAAUUGGCCUCAUAUGCCGGUACGCAUUUUCACCUAUUUGAUUGGUUCGGAUUCGGGCAGUCGCAGCAAUCUACACGAAAUGGCAUGCUCGAAUAAAGGAUUUUUCGUACAAAUCAACGACAUGGACGACGCGCGUCGCAAAGUCAUCGAUUAUGCCCUGGUUAUGGCCCGACCCAUGAUCAUGUAUCAGGCCGAUCAUCCGGUCCACUGGAGUCCCGUUUUUGUUGCCGGUAAAUCUGGUGGUUUGGCACGCGAUUCCGAAUACCAGCGACGUUUGGUAACGACAGUUUCAACUCCGGUCUUCGAUAGACGCAACCAUUCGGUACGUGUGGCAAAUCUGUUGGGCGUCGUCGGUACUGAUGUUCCCAUCGAGGAGAUUCGUAAAAUGAUACCACAACAUAAAUUGGGACCGAAUGGGUAUUCGUUUAUCGUUGAUAACAAUGGUCGUGUACUGUAUCAUCCUGAUUUACGUCCGAUGAGCGAUGGCAAUCAGUAUAUUGAUCAAUUGAGGCCACGGUAUACGUCAGUCGAUAUCACGGAGUUGGAAUUGCCGGAAACCGAAAUUGGCAAUGAUCACGAGACGGUGGAGAUGAAUAAAAAUCUGUUAUAUGAUAUGCGUAGUGAUAUGAUUAUGCCCAAGGAGGGCGAAACAGAAUUUACAAUUUUGAGUCACUACGACGAUAUGAAACGUGUCUAUGCCAGAAGGCAAAAAUAUUUCUAUGGUCCCAUUGAGGAUACACCAUUUACGCUCGCUGUUGUUUUACCCGAAAAGUAUGGAACCCAUGAGUUGCUCUCCGAACAAGAAAUACGUCAUUCACGAAAAAAUGUUACGGAUUAUUUUAAAGGUGACAAUUGGCGUGUCCAUCCCGAUUGGGUAUAUUGUGAAUACAACAGCGUUAGCGAUUUGGAAAAGGAACGUGAAAGUUCGGGUGAAUAUAGCAAUUCUAGGGAUCAAGAACCUAGUUUUGCUUCGCCCGAAGAACAGGUGUUGCAUUUCUUGGCUAGAGCUGGAAGACCUGGUUGGAAAUGGAUGUCGGUAAGGCCCAAAUCGCCACAACCACAUCACAAUUUACACGGUGCGACACCUGUGGGCCAUUUUGCCCAACACUGGACUGUUCAAGGUUCUCGCAAAGCUGAACCCUAUUAUUGCGAUCGAACCUUGUUACAGAGCUUAGUACGAGAUGCUAUGGUCACAGACGGUUUGGAUCGUAAUACAACUACCAAUGGCAAAGAAGAUAAAAAUCCAAUUGCCACAUUGAUGGCAAUUUUAAAAAGACAAGGCUAUCAAAAGUUUGUGGUUACCACUUCAUUUGUUGCAACACGUUCCGGCCUUUUGAGGUGGAUCGAUCACAUUAAACCAGCAGAUGAUUCACCUGAUCCACACUUCAGCGAAGAAAAUGCCCGAGCCAUGGAUAUGUCUUGGUAUAAACGAGCAGUAGAUCAACAUAGCGUCGAACAGGAUAGUUUUGUAUACAGUGUACCAUUCGGUUCGGGAUAUAAUGGUAAAACGAAUGGUACAUUAGUGACAGCUUCACAUUCCAUAUUUGUGGAACAUCGUGGCCAUAAGGCACCAGCAGCUGUAGUGGGUUUACAAUUUCAACACGAUUCAUUGGCCAAACAUUUUAUAAAUAUCACCUCAGCUUGUACUGGAAUGACAGGCUGUAAACGUACCUGUGCAUCGGAUAAUUUAGACUGUUAUGUAUUGGAUAAUAAUGGGUUUGUUAUUAUAUCCGAAGAAUCAGAACAUACGGGUAAAUUCUUCGGACAAAUCGAUGGUACUAUAAUGGAUUCCCUGGUGCAAGACCGCAUAUAUAAACGCGUAACAGUAAAUGACUAUCAAGGUGUCUGUUCGAAUUCCGAUAAUCCAUAUACAGCUUGUGGAAUUCGUGCCAAACCCCACUAUGUUGCUUCGUGGUUCUUUAAGUAUCUACUAUCGCUGAGUGCCACUUGGUUGUCACUGUUGCCCACACCGCUUAAGGCAUGGCCCCAUGAUGAUUAUGUUUACAAUGAAGAGAAUUUUGAAGAGCCAACCUAUACCGAUGAUUAUGAAACAUUCGAAGAGGAUUAUAUAUCACCCGUUGACGAAGAAAUGGAUGAACUUUUUACCACCGCUGAUGUAGAAUAUACCACACCAACACCAAAACAACAUAAACCUCACGUUGGACCACGUUCAAAUCCAGAUCCUUCCAAUGCUCGCCGUUGCGACUUACGUACAGACUUAUAUAUGCUCCAGCCCGAAAGAUUAAAUCAAGGGGGCCAAAAUAAUCCCUUAAAGGGUAAACUGACAAAUUGCCACGUAUCGGGCUGCGAACGUCCAUUUAGUGUUCAGAAAAUUCCACACAGUAAUCUUAUUUUAUUAGUUGUUGAUACAUUGUGUCCAUGUGGCUCCAAGCAACUGGACAUAGAGCCGAUGGAAGAGUCCGGCAUUGUUGGAGCCUGCAGUACCCGCCGCCAAUCACAGGAAACACAAAAACGACGACGACCCAAAAAAUGUAUAAACUAUCAUCCGGAAGAAAUCGAAAUACAACAGUGUGGUCGUGGUGCACAUCUUCUGCAGAAGCCCGUCUCCCUUGUUAUCGCCCACAUUGUCAUGAUUCUUGUCAGUGUACUGUUAACAAAUGCGUGAUACUA